AUGAAUAUACCAGUAAUAUCUACAGCAAAUCAUUCAAUUCCUUCUCAAAUCCCGCCACCACCUCCACCAUUAAAUGGUGCUCGAAAUUCAUUAACAUCUAAUAUUCAACCACGUAGCAAUAUACCUGGAAAACAUUGCUGGGUUUGUUUUGCUACAGAUGAAGAUGAUUUUCAAGCUUGUUGGGUAUCACCAUGCCGUUGUCGUGGUACAGCGAAAUGGGUUCAUCAAGAAUGUCUUCAAAGAUGGGUAGAUGAAAAACAACAAGGAUCAAGCGGAGUUAAAGUUGUCUGUCCACAAUGUAAUACAGAAUAUAUUAUUGUUUAUCCUAAACAAGGUCCAUUAGUUUAUACACUUGAUUUAAUAGAACGUAUUUUAAAUCGAUUUUGUCCAUUUCUUGCCGGUGGUAUUCUUGUUGGAUCUGUUUAUUGGACAGCGGUUACAUAUGGUGCAGUUACAAUUAUGCAGAUUCUUGGACAUAAAGAAGGUUUAAGUGUAAUGGAAAAAGCUGAUCCACUUUUUCUUCUCAUUGGUUUACCAACAAUUCCAAUUGUUCUAAUUCUUGGACGAAUGAUACGAUGGGAAGAAGCUGUAUUGAAAUUCUGGCGUAAACAUUCAUCAAAAUUACCCUUAAUGAAUUAUUUAUUUCCUAAUGAUCGUACGCCAUAUUUACCUCGUAUUCCAACUGAACGUAAUGGAAAUUCUAAUCCAGCAUCUUUAACAAGACUUAUUUGUGGUGGUCUUAUAUUACCAACAAUUGCUACGAUAUUUGGAAAAUUUAUGUUUCAACGUGUUCAUUCGAAUUUUCAACGAACACUUUUAGGUGGCAUUGCAUUUAUUGUUCUGAAAGGUACAGCAAAAAUUUAUUAUAAACAAAGUCAAUAUAUUCGUGAAGCACAUCGAGAAAUUCGUAAUUAUGAAUCAACAACUACUAAUUUACCAACUCAUCAUCAUCAUUCUGUUCCACCCCCACCACCACCACCACCUCGACCAGCAACUGUUGAAGCACAACAACAACAACAAAAUUCGAAUGAAAUAUUCGUCAUCUCAUCAUCACCAUCAACGUCGUUAACAAAUGCUGAAUCACCAUCGGACUUUUAA